AUGAACGUGGACAUGGAAACAUCGAACUCGGACCUCACCUGCCCGUCUGCCCCGUCAAGGCGUGUGUCUGUUGGCGUCAGUACAAAAGUGGACGCCUUUGGGCCUGUCCCUCCUCUUUCCCACCAGAUUGACUUUCUUCAGUGCUGGAAUGAGAGACGUGCCUCCUCCGGGCCUGGACAUAUGAUCUGGGACUGUCAGGGUCUCUAUAUCAAACAGGAUCAACUGGUGCUGGUCCCGCAGGCCUCGGGAUACCUGGACUCGCAUUCCUCUGACACAUCCCCAUCCCAAGAGGAGGAUCAUCUGUCUUUUGUGGCAGCUCUGGCUCAAAGGUGCAGUUUCUCCCUCUGCAUUGUCUCCAAAUGA